AAACUUUCCCCGUCCAUGGACUAUCCAGAUCUUGCUAUCCAUAAUAAUCUCAUGGCAAAACACCUUACACCUCGGAUGUACGGCAAACUUCGCGAUAUCAAUACGAAAUCUGGAUUCUCAUUGGAUAAAGCAAUCCAAACUGGAGUAGAUAAUCCUGGUCAUCCUUUCAUUUCAACUGUUGGUAUUGUUGCUGGAGAUGAAGAAAGUUAUGAGGUGUUUGCUGAUUUAUUUGAUCCCAUCAUUGAGGAAAGACACAAUGGCUUCAGGAAAUCGGAUAUGCAUAAAACAGACCUAAGUUACUCUAAAUUGCAAGGAGGAAUCCUUGACGAUAAGUAUGUUUUGUCUUCGCGCGUGCGCACUGGGCGUUCUAUUCGUGGAUUUGCUUUGCCUCCUCAUUGUUCUCGAGGUGAACGACGGGAAGUCGAGAAGAUCGUCAAUGGUGCAUUACAAGGAUUGAAAGGUGAACUUGCUGGACGUUAUUAUCCACUGAAUGGCAUGUCUGAAGCUGACCAAAACCAGUUGAUUGAAGAUCAUUUCUUGUUUGAUAAACCCGUUUCGCCGUUAUUGACAUGCGCAGGAAUGGCGCGAGACUGGCCAGAUGCCCGAGGCAUCUUUCACAACACGAAUAAAAAUUUUCUUGUCUGGAUUAACGAGGAAGACCACACUCGCAUAAUCUCGAUGGAGAAAGGAGGAAACAUGAAGAAAGUGUUUCAAAGAUUCUGUGAAGGCCUUAAUGAAGUGGAAAGAUUAAUAAAAAAAGAAGGAUAUCAAUAUAUGUGGAAUCAACAUUUGGGCUACAUAUUGACUUGUCCCAGUAACCUUGGUACUGGUCUUAGAGCAGGAGUUCAUGUUAAAUUGCCUUAUCUGGCAAAGAAUAAACGAUUUGAUGAAAUCCUUGGAAAAUUGAAGUUGCAGAAACGUGGAACAGGUGGAGUUGACACAGCGGCAGUUGGUUCGAUAUUUGAUAUCUCAAACUCCGAUCGUCUUGGUGUCUCUGAAGUUGAACUUGUUCAACUGGUUGUUGACGGAGUCAACCGUUUGAUUAAAAUUGAAAAGAGACUUGAGAAAAAUCAGAGAUUUGAUGAUUUAGUCCCGUCUUCUUAAGAUACUGUCAAUGUUGAAGAACUCGAUGCAAACUAAGUAUUUAAUCUUUUAUCUUGUGAACUGUCAAGCGGAAAUAACGUAAUUUUACUACAACAAAUAAACUGGAAAUAAAAUCAUCAAUGUAUUGAUAUAACAGCAAUUCGUGAAAUAUAUUUUUUAUUCAUUAAAUUGUUCAAGUUUA